AGCCAGUAGCAGAGAGUAACUUCAGUUCAGUUGACACCUCCCCUACUAGGUAGUUGAGCUGCUUGAGGCCAUGGCCAUGUCUGUCUCCUCCCGCGGCCUUCUCCGGCGGAUCGGCGGGGCCCUCCGCCGCCGCUCCUUCUCCGCGUCGGCGUCGGCGGGAGCCGAGUCCGGGUCUGCCGUGGGGUACCACGUGGCGGGCGGGCCCAGCUACAUGCGCGGCGCGGUCUUCUGGGAGCCCGGCCGCCCGCUCACGCUCGAGGAGUUCCGCAUGCCGCGACCCAAGGCCGGCGAGAUCCUCAUCAAGACCAAAGCUUGCGGAGUUUGCCACUCUGAUCUUCAUGUUAUGAAAGGCGAACUCCCUUUCUCAAGCCCUUGUGUUGUGGGCCAUGAGAUCACCGGGGAGGUUGUCGACCAUGGUGCGCACACUCCUGUUGAGAUCACCAAUAGGUUCCCAGUUGGAAGUCAUGUAGUUGGUGCGUUCAUAAUGCCCUGCGGGAACUGCUUUUACUGUGUUAAGGGCCAAGAAGAUCUGUGUGAGUCUUUCUUUGCGUAUAAUCGUGCUAAAGGUACUCUAUACGAUGGUGAAACUAGACUGUUUCUACGUGGCAAUGGGAAACCGGUGUACAUGUACAGCAUGGGUGGCCUUGCAGAGUACUGUGUCGUGCCAGCCAAUGCACUAGCAGUUCUUCCUAACACAUUGCCAUACACAGAGUCAGCAAUCCUAGGAUGUGCCGUGUUUACCGCGUAUGGUGCCCUGAGGCAUGCUGCUGAAAUGCGUGCUGGUGAUUCAGUAGCUGUGAUCGGAGUUGGCGGGGUUGGAUCAAGCUGUUUACAGAUAGCAAAAGCCUUUGGAGCUUCUGAAGUCAUUGCAGUGGAUGUUCUUGAUGAGAAACUCCAGAAUGCUAGAACACUUGGAGCAACCCACACUGUAAACGCAGCAAAAGAGGAUGCUGUUGAAAGGAUAAAGGAAAUUACUGAUGGAAGGGGUGUGGAUGUGGCUGUAGAGGCACUUGGUAAGGCAUUGACGUUUGCCCAGUGCACCAAGAGUGUACGAGAUGGAGGCAAAGCUGUUAUGAUUGGACUUGCUGCAACGAAUGUAGUGGGGGAGGUUGAUAUAACCCGUCUCGUUCGACGACAGGUGAAAAUCAUUGGAUCGUACGGUGCGAGGGCCAGGCAAGAUCUUCCUCAGAUAGUGAAGCUUGCUGAGAGUGGUGCCUUCAAUCUCCAGAAUACCGUAUCGAGGAAAUGCAAGUUCGAAGAGGCGAACAGCGCCUAUGAGGAUCUCAAUCAGGGAAAGAUCGUCGGUCGAGCUGUGGUUGAAAUCAUGUAGCGCUGAUGAGAACGAGAUGAUCCUGUGGUUCCAAGUCUGUCUGGGUCGACCAAUAAGUGCGUGUUCUCUUGUUCUUACAGCAUAGCAUUGCCCGGCAUUGUCUUAAUCCUCACUUGACUUGUUCUGGAUGCCAGAAGCUGCUGAUGAGAAGCAAUAUGGAGAUGCCUUUCUCAGUUUAAUCAUCCUUCUUGAUCCUGCGUAGCGUUCCUUUGUGUUUGUUACCGGAAUUAUCAUUUUCCUUUCUUGUAUUUUUAAAAGAAUUUUGUUGUACAAAGCUGACAUUUCCUCUAAAUACCAGUUCCUGAGCCUUCUCGAGUA